UGUGGAGUGAAGAGGAGGAAGAUGGUGGGUGGAGAAGGAAGCUCCCUCAAGAGGUCUAAUUCUCCAUCCUCUUCUGUCGUCAAUGUCAAUGGUCCAUCCUCGGGAUCACCCGAUUCAAGGGGCGAUGGGAAGGGAAACCACGGGAUGUCGGCUGUACUGGCCCCGGGGACAACGGUGAGCCAGCGGCUGUCUGGGGUCAGGCCUUAUGCUCGAUCCAGGAGGCCCCGGCUUCGUUGGACCCCGGAUCUUCAUGAGUGUUUCAUGCAUGCGGUGGAACAGCUAGGCGGAGAGGACACAGCGACGCCGAAGAUGGUUCUGGAGAUGAUGGGUGUGAAGGGACUUACUAUAACCCAUGUGAAGAGCCAUCUUCAGAUGUACAGAAGCGUGAAGCAUGAGCAGAUCAUGCAAGAAGCAGAAGUGGCAGGAAGCAUGAAUGAGAGGGGCCGGAGCGCAACAUAUGUGGAUCGUCUUCCUCACUGGGGUGCGAUUUACCGCCACCAACAUUAUUGGCACCAAAGCGACAAGGUCGAUCUGACAAUGAAUAACUACAUAACCAGCUAUCAGAAUCUGGGAUAUCAUCACUCCGGCGGGAUCACUCUCCAGAACAUCACCGUGUGCACGAAGGGCUAUGAGAACCAGCAGGGAUGGAAUAUUGAAACAUCAGCAGGCAAAGGAUGUCCAAGUUCUUACAUCAUCUUCAAGGAUCUGUUCAAAAGCUGCAAAUCCCAAGAGAGGGGGGUAAAGGAAGGAGCACUGGAAGAUGCUGAGGCUGAGAAUGCAUGCAAGAGCAAUCAUGGUGGAGAAGAGAAUCCAGCUAAGAAGAGGAUGGUUGAUUGCACAUCAAUGACCACUCUAGCAUUGAACUCAGCAGUUGACGAAGUGUCUUUGGAUCUAACUCUUUGAUCUGAUCUUAAGUCGUAUAGCUGAAUGAAGUUGUUUUACUUAUGUUAGAACUUUGUUAUGUGGGGUAUAUAGUUUAUGCAUCACCA